ACACUGUCACAGCUCAGACCACAUCUUCUGAUACAAGUUCGCCUACAAUAACUAGUGGUGUCGUCACACCUGUGUCCACACCUACCCAAGGAGACACAUCAGCUACAACAAUUCUUGACACCACCCUUUCAGCAACAACUCAGACUGACUCCAUCACACCAGCUCCCUCCACGGGUGGUACCACCGGCUCUCAGUCAACCUCUCCAGAAGGAGGCACUUCUGCAACAGGGGUCCCUGACACUGAGACACCUCAGACCACCUCUCCUGACACAAGCUCACCUCUUACAACAACCGGUGGGGUCAUCACACCUAUGUCAACUCCUACCGCAGGAGACACAUCAGCUACAACCAAUGUUCACACCAGCCUUCCAUCAACAACUCAUACUGGGUCCAUCACACCAGGUCCUUCCACUGGUGGUACCACCGGCUCUCAGUCAACCUCUCCACAAGGUACUUCUGCUACAACGCUUCCUGACACUGACACACCAGAGACCACCUCUCCUGACACAAGCUGGCCUACAAUAACUGGUGGUGUCAUCACCCCUGUGUCCACUCCUACCCCAGGAGUCACAUCAGCUACAAGUCAUCCUGAUAGCACCACAUCACCAAAUACUGGCUCUGGGUCCAGCACGGGUGCUACUCCCUCUCCCGAAUCCAGUGCACCUGGUACAAGUGUUGGUGCCACCAUGGAAUCCGGGACAACUCCUACAGUUGGAGGGUCUCUUGACACAACUCUGCCGGAGACCACCACCCUUGUCAGUGGCACCAUGACCUCUGCUCCCACUCCGUCCGGCAACAGCACACCUGUCACCUCUACUCCUGCCAUCCCGACGUCAUCAGAAGUCAGCACCUUUUCCACUGUGGAUUUUUAUCCCACCUCAGCGGUGACGUCCGCCCACUUGAGUCCACCUACAACCACUUCUGUCAUCUCCACGCCAGGGCCCACCACAGCUCAAACCAGCCAGCCCAAACCUGACACACCGAGUGCUGCUUCCACCACACGACCCCUCCCCACUGUCCUCAUGUCCACCACCACCGUGAUGCCCCCAACCACGACUCCCCCCUCAGUACACUGCCAGAAUGGAGGCAUCUGGGAGGAAGGCCAGUGCAAGUGCACCUUAGCGUACUAUGGGACCAGGUGUGAGCUGGUGCGCGAGAGCAUCGAGAUCGAACCUCCGCCAGCGACCAUCUCUGCCCAAGUAGAACUCUCCGUCAAAGUGACGAACCAGGAAUUCACCGAGCAACUCAAUGACAAAUCUUCUCCUCAGUUCCAGAAGUUCAAUGAGACAUUCACCGAGCAGAUGAACAUUGCUUACUCUGGAAUCCCUGAAUAUGCGGGUGUCAACAUCACAAGGCUAAGGAGUGGCAGUGUGGUGGUAGACCAUGAAGUCCUCCUGAGAGCCAACUUCACCCCAGAAUACAAAGAAGUGUUGGAGACAGUCGCCAAGAAAGUGGAAGAAAAAAUCACAAACAUAACCAAAAUUCAAAUAGGCAAUAACGUUACCUGCACAGCCUUGCUGUGUUUCAACUAUAACGACACCGAAGUGAAAAAUCUCCAAAUGACCCAAUACGACCCUCUCGUUGAAUGCCGGGAGAAGGUUGGGAAAGAGCUGGCUCAGCACUUCUUCGUGGAGUACCGGGGGAAGAAGCCCUACUGCAUCACGGCCUGCAUGCCUGGCUUCAAUGGCUCCCGGGACUGCCACUCUGGGAAGUGCCAGCUGGAGCGCAGUGGCCCUCGAUGCUACUGCCUGACCACGGACACUCACUGGUACAGAGGAGAGACCUGUGACGUCGGCAUUCAGAAGCGUCUGGUGUACGGGCUCGUGGGGGCGGCAGGAGUCAUGCUGCUGGUGGUCUUUGCUGUGAUCUUGGUGUUCAUGUUCCGCUCCAAGAGAGAGGUGCAAAGACAAAAGUCCAAAGUGUCUCACUUGUACAAGUGGCAUGAAGAGAACAGUGAAGUCCCCGGGACCUUCCAGAACAUUGGCUUUGACAUCAAUGAAGAACAAGAGGAACCUAUCAACCUGGACUCCAUCUACAGUAAAUUCCAGCCCUCCCUGAGCCACAUCGAUCCUGAAACAAAAAUCCAAACUGAGAGGCCCCAUGUAGUGAUGACAUCUAUGUGAGGUCUCGGCAGUUUCUCGUGGAUCUGCGGAGCCCAGGAAGGAAGGAGCACCUUCUGCUGAACUUCCGUCCACCUCUGCUGAACUUGGCAUCUGCGGGGCUGGUGUCGCCUCGCACAACCUCACGGCCACACCACCCCUCCCCCACGGGCCUUCUCCUGUAUUUGGCGAUACAAAAUCCUUAGCCAUGCUUAUUAUCAAUUUUAUCACAGAAUAACAGGCGAUGCCUAUAGUUGCAAAAUACUCAAAUGUCACAUUUCUUAGAUCAAAUGAAUACUAAGAGAAUUGCCCUGCAAAAUCUUUCUCCGUUGAAUGGCAGCACUGUUGCUAACUGAGUUGAAGCACGUACUAUUGCCGCUCCUUCUUGCCCUUUAACGACAACUUCAUUCGGAAAAAGAGAUACGGAUGUAGGUUCACAGCGGCCACUUAUCGUAACAUUGUAGCGAACGCACCGGAACAAAAGUCGGAAGUGCCACGCCCACUGGCUGCAACAGAAACGCAAAGUCAUGGGAGUCGAAGUCUCCUUGUAACCGGGUGCCGGUGGCAGCGCCGACAGGAGUUUGUGAGCAGGUUCAAAAACCAAGUGAGCACAGCGUUUGAGCCUCCUACAUACACGGAUAUGUGUCCGUGGGCUUACGAAAAUGUAUUUGCUGUUAUAACGAAACUACAGGGCUAUGCUAAUAAAAUUAAUAAAUUUCUCGCAACCACUGCACAAAGAUCUUGUAGACGGUCAUUCUGGGCUUACUCCCUCAAGCAAUGUCGCCAGAGGCCAGUGAGGCCACGGACCUGGAGGGGCGUGGUUUCCUCCUGGGGAGCACUCCACAGGAAGCUGAUGAGCAAGGACCCUGCGCUUACCAGGAGGAGGGACCACAGCGCGAGGACACCCUCCGGUAGCAGCACUGUGGUGGGUUGGCCAUGGUCUCCUGCGAGGCUC